GAGAGAGAGCUGUAUGUUUGUAUGUGCUUUCUUUAUUCCAGCCAGUUUUCUUCUUCUUCUUUUUGUGUCAAAGAUGCCGGUUGUCCGUGGUCGACGGUCACUGUGGUUAUACUCUCUGAUAUUUGUUUCUGUACAACUUUGGGGAAGACUCUCAGCCUCCACCUCCCUGCCUCCUCUUCCGCCUCCUACGCUGGACAUCUAUUCGAGGUCAAAGGACUCAGUAAUCCUGGUCUGCCGAGCCUCCGAGGGUCACCAUGGUGUUGUGUUCAGGCUGUACCGGUUCAGAGAGGAGGUGGACUCUCGUAACCUGCAGUCAGAUGCUGAUGAGGUUCAGUUCGUUGUCAGCGUGAAAGAAUGGGAUUCAGGCCAGCGUGAACUUUACUGCUGCCUGUACAGGAACCAGGAGGGCCGCUACAGUGCAUUCAGUCCUUAUUUGCAACUGGAGCACCAAACAGAUGCCGCCCCUACUCGUUCCAUUCCCCCUUUACCCCCUCCAGUCCUAUCUGUGAAGCCCACGUCAGGUUCAGUAAAACGUGGAGAUACAUUGUCCUUCAGCUGCAUCGUCCCCACUAACCCAGCCCAGUCACAGUCCCAGUUUACCCAACCAGCGACCUUCCUUUUGCUGAAGAGUGCAGAGGGAACUGGGGUGACAUCUGUUGUCCCGCAGCCUCAGGCCAGUCAGGUAUCAAACCCUGAACCACUGCCAGGAGUCUUCACUGUGGGGCCGGUAAAAGGAGGAGAGGAGGGCGAGUACACCUGCCUCUACCAGAUAUCCAGAAACAGGGCUUUGGUGAAUUCAACUUUCAGCAAUGUGGUUCAAAUCACUAUUACAGACAUGCUGCCAGUGCCCACCCUUGUUCUCCAGCAGCAGACAGAUGUGUGGCAUAUGCUGUGCACAGGGUCUCCUGCAUACCCCGGUGCUGUGUUCUCACUUUAUCUGGCAGACGAUAAACUACCCGUCGCCACUCACAAUGCCAAAGUAUUCCACCAUCAAGCCACUUUCCCAGUGCCGGUCCAGGACACUCCAGUGGCUCUGUACCAGUGCCAGUACAGCGUCCUACUGGGAAGAAAAUGGAGCAACUCGGAACGAAGCUUCCCUUUGGCUGUAAUCAGAGGAACUGCACCUCCAUCACCACCAGAUUCGUCAGGUGUGGACUGGCCUCUUGUACUCGGCUCUUUCUCAGCUGUGGUUCUCUUCCUCUGUUCGCUGGCACUUGUGGUUGUGGUGGUACACAGGAAAGUAAAAGCAGCUGCAGAGAAAAAGAAGGAAAGAGAGAAAGCACAGUUCUGGGCUCAAGUUCAUGCUAAAGACCACAUUGUUGAUCUUACACUGAGGCGUUCAAGCUUCACUUCUCAGGAAUGGGACAGCGGGGACACCGGGACAGCGUCCAGAUCCCGUCUCUGGAACCCUCUCUCCACGUUCACAACUCCGAUCCAUCCGAUCCAUUAGAAAUGUUUGUUCCCUCUCCCCCUCUUUCUCUCUGUGUAUAUACUUUAUCAGACUUUAUCAGUGUAGCAUCAGUUGGAGUUUCACAGCAGGACAGGAAAGGCUAUUUCCUCAGUUUCUAUUUCAGUAAUUGUAGCAGUAAUUGCACAUUUUGACAGGAUAUGAUGUCAGUUUGAUCAUACGUGCAACUGAGCCAGUGAACAUAAAUACAGAUUUUAUUAUCAUUCUUAA